AUGGGUAUCCAACGCAGUGGUCAGACAUCUCAGGUCGAUUUCUUCGACACCGCGGACCAACUGGUUCAGGAAUAUGGACAGCUCCAGGUUCUGGAUGACCUGAUCCGUUUGCGAGCGGCCGAUCUUGUCCAACACCCGAUUCUUGCCUAUCCCCGAUCAGCGAGCCAUGCCGCGUCCUAUGACUACUAUAGCGGUCAAGACUUGAAUACCAUGAUCAACCAAGCGGCGACGAUGCUUAUGGACCUUGGCUUUCAGACGCCAAGACGAAACAAAUCGGUUGUCGCGCCUCUAUUUCGGCGAACUAAGGCGAUGACGACCCCGUAA